AUGAUAGAGGAUGAUCCAAAGACUUUUGAUGAAGCAAUGUCUACACCAGAAACACCACAUUGGAAAGAAACUAUCAAUAAUGAGAUAGAUUCUAUAAUGCAAAACCAUUCAUCGGAGUUGGUUGAUUUACCUCCCGAUAUGGGUGUGGCAGAUAAAUUUGACAUGUUUGAGGAAAGUCCUGUGAGAAUUCCUCUUGAUCCCAGUAUGCACUUAGUCAAGAAUACGGGAGAAAGCAUAUCACAACUAAGAUUUACAAGCAAUCCAAAUCGUGAUCAUUGGAAGGCUUUGACGAGGGUUCUAAGGUACUUAAAGUAUACCUUAACCUAUGGAUUACAGUUUACAAAAUAUCCUGCGGUACUAGAAGGAUAUUGUGAUGCGAAUUGGAUAUCCGAUAUGAAGGAUUCCAAGUCCACUAGUGGUUAUGUAUUCACCAUUGGUGGAGCUGCUAAGAUUGCACGAAAUACGAAUUUAAAUAUGGCUGAAAUUCCACUUCCCCCAAGUGAUUACCCGACUUCAACAGUAAUAAUUAGUAUGCUGGACGGCGGUGGAUGGAUUUGUUAUUGGACCAACGGAUCCUCGUCAUGA